CGCACCUUUUCCGGUAACACAACACAUCGGGGCCGAGGGAGGGAGCGAGCGAGCGACAGGGGCGAGGAGAAGAAGCCAGAGAAGCGGGGGGAGAAACGGCCUGGGGACCGCGGGGAGGACGUUUGCCGCAUAGGGAGGAAGCGAGAGAAGAAAGUCGGAUGAAUUAGUGGCAUUUUCGGCCCUUGUUCCUCUUCAUGUCCCGCUGUAGCAGGAAGAGGGGGUUUCUGAAGCCGUUAGUUGGGAAAUUACCAGCAGCAGCAGCAGCGGUGAAUUUCGUCAACAGACCACCGGGCAAGUGUGAGAAACCCGGGCUUUGGACUGGGCCUGCUUUCGUGGAAAUGUUGAUUGUUAAGGGCACAGGUUAGACUCAAGCAUCCCCACCCGACUCCCUCAAGGGCUUCACACACACACACACACACACGCACACACACACACACUCUCUCAGGUCACCCUCACUGUGGCGUUCUAGAAGCUUUUUUUAUUACCGUUCUAAAAGUAUUUAUGCACGUUAAACACGAUGGGGAAAAUGCUGUCAAAGAUCUUCGGCAACAAGGAGAUGAGAAUACUGAUGCUCGGACUUGACGCGGCGGGCAAGACCACCAUCCUGUACAAGCUGAAGCUGGGACAGUCGGUCACCACCAUCCCCACGGUGGGCUUCAACGUGGAGACGGUCACCUACAAGAACGUCAAGUUCAACGUUUGGGACGUGGGCGGCCAGGACAAGAUCCGUCCGCUUUGGCGACACUACUACACGGGCACGCAGGGCCUGAUCUUCGUGGUGGACUGCGCUGACCGGGACCGCAUCGACGAGGCCCGCCAGGAGCUCCACCGCAUCAUCAACGACCGGGAGAUGCGUGACGCCAUCAUCCUGAUCUUCGCCAACAAGCAGGACCUGCCCGACGCCAUGAAGCCCCACGAGAUCCAGGAGAAGCUGGGCCUGACGCGGAUCCGCGACCGCAACUGGUACGUGCAGCCCUCGUGCGCCACAGCCGGGGACGGACUCUACGAGGGCCUCACCUGGCUUACCUCAAAUUAUAAAUCCUAACCCUGCUCGGCGAUGACACUGCCUCUCUCGCAAUUAUAUGCUCGUUUUAACUCCCUUUUUUUUGGAUCGCUCACGAUUAGGGUGGGAAAUUUCCAGUAAAUUUCCACGGAAAGUUAGGCUGGGGAAUUUUGGAAAUGUAAUGAACCCUUGCAUAUUUGCAGAUUUUUUAUUUUUUUUUGGAGGGGGCUAGCCUCAUCACCUAUUCAUUGUUUUUGUGCUCAGGCCAAAGCCAUGUCUAAUACGUUUUGUUUUGGUGACAUCUGAUGGCAUCUUGUUGCCAAGCAACUAUGUUCAACUAAGGGGAGGAGCUUCUUUUAGUCGGGGCGUAGCCUUGUCUAAUAGGAAAAAAAAAGUGCUUUGCUACCAUCCUGUGGCAGCUCUAGGCAAUUGCAAAAGUUUUUGGGUGGGCGUCAAUUACUAUUCACACAUUUUGACUUCACGCGGCAGGACUCGGCCUCGACCCAACGCGAAUGGUGGGGGUUCACUGCGUUCCCGAUUGGAAACUUUCCAUGGGAGUUAAUGUCAAUUUACGGGAAUUGAGGGGGUCACAUUCGAGCAUAGAUAUUAACAUUUUGUUCGGUCAUAUGCGGCCAUCCAUGUCACAUAGCUGGUACCUCAAAUUUCGAGCUGAGACACAACGCAAGAAUAAAUCGGCCAAGAGAGAACUAGUUGAUAAACUGGUCAAUUGGGGCGCAACUGCAGUUAUAGUAAAUCUGGUUGUUUUGGUCGGGGUUACACUAUAUUUCCCCAACAAUAUUGAAGUUCCCUAUUAAGAGCCAGCCUCAACACAACACAGGAGGCAUAUUAGAAGGUAGAUCAAAUAUAGGACAGAAAAUUAAUUCUAAAUUAAUUAAGAAUUCAAAUGAUUUUGCAUGGAAAGUUUCCAACUCAACCCUACUCAAUAUAAUCCCAAAUGUAUUUGUCUUUUUACUUUGCUUUGCUCUUAUUUGCAAAUUCUCUGCUUCGGCGGCAUUUGGGAAUCUCGCCUCGAGUAUUCCGGCUACAUAUCCAAAGGUUGGGAGAGUCUUUUGAGGACAGGAACGUUUUGCCUUUUAUCAGCAACAUUUUCUAAGAAUGUCUCGCUUUUUUUUUUUUUCCCCCUGACCUUUUGGACUUUGGAUAUUCACACACUGUGAUAUGGAUCUUUUUUUUUUUUUUUUUUUUUUUGGCUCAUUGUCUCACACAGAUCUUCCAUGUUUGUAGUUUCAGCUGCCUUAACACACACACAAAAACGAGAAGUAUUUUUGUUUCAGGGGAGGGCAGUUCUUUACUGCCCUUGUUUGACUGACCUUUUCGGACCCUGCCAAGUGUUUAACCACCUCCAUCUUGGUGCUCAAACCACCCAUGUUCCUCUUCACCGUCAUCACGCGAUUGUGUUUUACGCUCUUCUUUUUUGCUAUGCUGAUUUGAAGUAAUAAAAAAAAAAAGAAAACAUGAUUAUAUCCACACCAGUGCAAAAGUGCCACCUUUUUCCACUGAGGAAGCGACAAAGCCGGCGGCCUCGCAACCUGUGAGUCACCGCCGCGCAUCACGCCGUGAAUAAAUGAUGACAAGUCAGCUUUAAAGCCAGUCGCUUCGGAAGAGGCCCACGCGUCGGAUGUGCGAAAGUGAGCUGAGAGGUCGUCGUUCCAAGGCGACAAAAGGUUGAACGACAAGCGUGCGUCCAACGAGGGUUGUCGAGACGGGCUAAUGUCAAAUGAAAGCAGUCACACGUGUGGCAUAAACAGGAAGUGACGCAUUUCUGCCCCCCAAAAAAUUAGUUUCAAAGUCAAUGUACACUCACAGCCAGUAACUUUAGGUUCACCCAUUCAUGCUAAAUUUAUCCCCAAAAUGAGUUUUUGCAACAAAAAAAACUUGAUUGACAGUCAGUAUGAAUUGAAUAAUAUAUUCUCUCGUGGUUGGUUGUAAUGUUCAGUGGUGUACAACUGAGCUGGUUCUAAUCUAUUGUAAGUAAAUAUUGUUAAAAUGUAAACUCAAAAAAACGAUUUCAAAAUUGUAUACAUUUUUCAUGAACAAAAAAAACAAUUUUUAAUUUUAAAAAACUUUUACAGGUAUUUAAAAGAAUAAUAUAAAGUAUUAAUAUACAAUAAUUAUGAGAAAUUGAAAAUUAUUUUAUAUUACUAUAAUUAUUACAGUUUAUUUUUAGGUAUGUUUUGGAGUUUGUCGGCUUCAUAAAAAAAUAGAAACCAUGAAAUCUUCAUAUUUUGUAUCUAAAAGUUUUAAAAUGUUUUUAAAUUCUAUUAAAAAUACUGGAUUUGGAAAAUAUUAAUCAAUACACAAUACA